UCAGUGAACCAGUGAUCGAUCAAUUGCGAAUUCUUCGAUCUUUGCAAAAAACGAAACUGUCGUAUUCCAAAAAGCUUAUAUAAUACAUCAUCAUGAAUCUAUCGCUGAUUAUUCUCAUCAUUGGCUGCGUUAUUAUCACAUCCAACCUGGUGUCAUGUCAACGCGGACAUGGCGGAGGAUUCGGUGGAGGAUUCGGUAGAGGAUUUGGUGGGGGAUUUGGACGAGUUGGCGGAUUCGGAAGACCAGGUUUUGGAAGAGGCGGCAGAUUCGUGGGGCCAGGACUCGGAAUUGGAGGCGGAGUCGGAUUCGUCGGUCUGGGACUUUACGGAGCAUAUCCCUACUGCUACUAUAAUCCGUAUUAUUGUUACUACUAUUAAGCCACAUGUCGUUACCACAUAAUGAAGGAUAUAUUUUUUAUAACAAUUACAAAGCCGAUUUUUCUGAACCU